AUGAGACCCAGCGCUGGGUACCCGCGCAUUCUGGAGGGAUUGCUGGACGCCGCUGAUGUGGAGUACCUGAAAGGCUUCUUCGACCUUCAGGUGAAGACGGAGUGGGAGAAGAACGAAGCGCUUGCAGCCUCCAGGAAUCAGCCAAAGCCCCGGCGCUCAUUGGAGUACUACACACUUCUGAGGCAUCUGCACAGCGAGCCGCGAGAUCACUCCCUGGAGCGCGUCGUGUCCAAGUUGUAUGCAGCCAUCGAGAAGCAGCUUGGGUCCGGCUUCGUGAUCGUGCACGACUUCUGGUCCUGGCGCACGCCUGAGAAUGUGCCCGCCGAGUUCAUCCACCAUGACCCUGAUUUUUGGGUGGCAGGCCGGCACGAUGGCUUCAACCUCUGGAUUCUGCUGGACCAUGCGGACAUGUCUCACUCCUUUGACAUCCUUGUGGAGGAGAAGAACCCGAAGCUCUACGAGAUCGUGGGCGACAAGGCGGGGCGGCUCUUGCCAGAGAGGGACCCGAAGAAGUCCCAAAGCUGUCCGGGCCUCCUCUUCUGGGACCCCCUGAGCCGCUGGCCCCUGCUCUACGAGCGCCCCUGGACGCGGACCCUGGCCAUGGUGCUGGGCGUGGGCUUCAACAAGUUUUGGGAGAAGUCGCAGCAGGGCGUCCUGCAGCUGAAGAGGCUGCUGCCCACUUGGGCCUUCCGCUGCUUCAUGUUCUUCGCCGGCUGGUGCUUUCGGCUCACGCCCCUGCCUCCGGGCCUGGAGCUCAGGAUGGACCGCUUCAAGAUGAAGGAGGGGGAUGCCCUGGUCCUCCGGCAGUAUGAGUUGCACACCACGGACCAAGACCAGUUGCAAAGCCACCAGUUCCGUCUGGCAGUGGGUGUCAAAGUGCUCCGCCAGGCACCCAUCACCCAGUACUGCUACACGGGCCCGGCCUCCCGGACUCGAAGGAGCUACCCUUGCCUCCGCUGGGGUCUCGGGGAGCUCUUGCCGGACUUCUACCGCGCGACGAAGUUGGACUUCAAGCCCUAUCCCAGCACCUUCCUCACGCGAGCCCUCUUCGCGGCCACUGCGGAGGUGGCUUUAGGAGAUGCUGAGACUCGCUGA